AUGAAUCAGCAAGCAAGGAGUAAUACCCCAAUGGAUAAUUUCUCUCAGUCAGCAGCUGAAACUGAUGAGGAUCCCAGUUUUCUUCGAAAAACAUUUCAGCAUCUCAAACAGCUCUGUAUGGCUUGUUCCACGGGCUCUGAAUAUAUUGAUAGUGACUCUGAAUACAUAUACAAUCAAGAAAUGCCCAAUGAGCAUAACGAAUUGGGUUUCGAAUCGUCCAAUGUUUACAAUGACUCUCUGACAUCAAACAGCUUCAAUACUUCAGUGGAGGCACUGAGUCUUGAUUACUCGCUCAGCAUGCCGCAUGCAGACACGCUUUUAAGAUUGAGCAAUCUACCUACAACGCAACAAUUUGCAGAGGAGAAAGGUUCUAUUACUCAGAAAAAAGAAGAAACAAGAAGAAUCAAAGUUCCAUUCGAGAAAGGAUUCUUCAGUAUUCUGUACGGCACAUCACGCACUCCUUUUCUGCAUGCACAGUAUGCAGAUUUUUUUAUGUCAGAAUCCCAAGCUCCUAUAUCAAUUGAGAUUGAUAACGAAAAUGCAAAAAAGAGUAUGAGACUAGCCGAGAAAAACUUUCCAGAGGCUUUCGAGCAAUUUAUCAAAAUUUUAAAUGGUCCUAAUGUGCCUUUGUCUGUUCUGCUUCAUCACGUUAUGCUCUAUGACCUAUACUCUCCUAGGCUUAAGGACGCAAUAUGGGAGACUAUUAAAAAUUACCUCCAAAAGAUGAAAGGCAGCUAUGGAUAUACGGACUUGCAUGUCGAAGCCGCACGAUACAAACUUACACACCCAAGGUUUAUCAUGAUCCAUCCGGAUGAAAUCUUCUCCGUUUAUAACAAUCCUGACUGGGUUUGUGUUUCCAACGAGCAUCUUCACUGUAAUAUACACAUCCAACCUAUCGUCAGCAACGCCAUGAAAAGUAGAGAUGACCGCAUAAGAGAAGUGGCUUCAAACUGUCAAACUCCCAUUGAAUAUGCAUGGUUAGCGCUAGGACUCGCGUUGCGAAAGAAGGCCUCUAUAUUCCCAAUUCAUGCCUAUUUGAAUUGUAAAAUCAAGCUUUACGAUGAGUCCAUUCCUCCUUCUUUGUUGUAUUAUUCGAAAGAAGAUGAAAACAUAAACACUUCAAACAUUGAGGAAAUUAUUAAUUACAUGUAUGAAAUCUUUAAUGCAGAAGCUGCUCUUUGUGGUACUUCGUGCAAGAAUAGGGACAACAUCAAUGUUUCAAAAACGGAAGUCUCUUAUCUUGAUAUUAACAACAUCAAACGAGGAAAAGAAGCUAAAACCAUGAAUCCAUUUGAGCCGGAAAACGUCACUCCCGGUAGUUGUUAG